AUUUUAUAAAUGCUAAACCAAGGUGAGUUGUGUAUUUUCACACUUAUUUAGUGAGAAACUAAAUGCCCUUUAUCUAAUGCUGCAGCCCCGAGGGAAUCGCAACUUUUUUCUCAUACAAUCUCUUAGACUCUGAAACAGACCCAUACUAAGUCCAAAUUCAUUUCACCUGAAAUCGGAAUCGACCCAAUAUAACAGAAUAUUUUCAUAAGAGAGAAACUUUGCAUGAGACACUCGUCCCUUACGCUUGCAUUUGAGGAACUGCUAGGGUUUUAUCACCCCGCAUUUGAUUUUGCUCACAGGUUUCAUUCACUUCAAUGGGAUCAUCAGAAGAAGAGUUUGCUGCAUUUGAACAGAAAGUUAGAAGGACAGUGUACUUCGACAACCUGUCACCACAGGUUACUGAAUCUGUGAUGAGAACUGCUCUUGAUCAGUUUGCAACUGUCAAAAGUGUGAAGUUUAUUCCCAACUACCUAGGACCAAGCCUGCCACAGACUGCAUUGGUGGAAUUGGAUUCUUCCAAGAAGGUCGAGGAUAUUGUAACAAUGAUAGGGCAGUAUCCUUUCAUGAUGUCUGGGAUGCCAAGGCCUGUCAGGGCUCGGCCUGCUGUGAUCGAAAUGUUUGAUGAUCGGCCAGUAAACCCUAACAGAAAGGUGGAGUAUCGUUGGCUGGAGCCUAGUGACCCAGAUAUGGAGGUGGCAAAACAACUUAAGAACCUUACGCGGAAACAUGCUGCAGAAAUAGCACACAUGCACAAGCUGCAACUACAAGAAGAAGCAAAGCUUGCGGCGCAGCAGACAGAGACGCUUAAAAUGCAUCACAAAAAGUUUAAAAUGAUAGAUGGCAUUAUCACUGAUACAUCUGCCAUCCGUUUAGCACGAAAGUAUAAUCUGAAUGUUGGAGAUCAUUGAAGGCUUCUUUUGGAUUCAUUGUCUCUGCAGAUAGCUUCUCUUUUCUUUUUGGUCAGGAUUAGUUCAUUAGGUUCUCAGUUAUCCGAAGGGACUUUAGAUGCAAUGAGCACCUUACCUACUUCUAAAAGUGAGAUCUUUAUUCUUUAGAAAUUGUUUGUAAAGGUGCUAUGCUAUGCUACUAAAGAUUUGUUGUGCCAAGCUACUACUAAAGAAACUCUUCUUGGUAUGUUAAUAUGCUCUUCGGGAUCCA